AUGGCAUGGUCUGUGGCGGGCGGAGGAGCUUCCAGGGCUCCCCUGCCAAAUGAUUCUGUGAGUGCCAGGCUGACAUCGAUGAUGAGACUAGCGCAAACCUGUGCACUCUGGACAUUGCUACUUGUCCCCGACGCCAUCAUGAAACACCAUGCUUCAGACAUGAACGAGGCCACCAUGAAUUCUGCCCCAAGGUAUGCCUUCCAAUAUGGAGAGGCUUUUCAUGUUUCCUUGGAGUUGUACGUGACGACUUGGUACCCAGAAGAUUGGAAGAUCGCACGCGAUAUGAUGCGAUAUGCUGGUCAAGAAGGUCAGCCUUCUUUUGAAGAAGCAAAAGAUGCACUAGGUGAACCAGUGCUGGCAACGAUCGUUGACGAGGCUUCUGCUCCUAAAGGUGGACACAGCUAUGGAAUCUUCCACUAUCGACUAUGGAGCCAUCCGCAUUGGAAGAAGAAGAGCCUACCAGAAAACUGGAAGCUGCCGAAUGUGCUCGGCUCUGCCAAGGGCUUUGACUGGAUAUGCCUGGUGCUGUCCUUCACUUUCGCCUUUUUCUUGCGCUGGGCAUGGCUUUGGCAGGACGACGACAAGCAGCUGAAGCCUCACCUGGCUUCAAUGGGAGUUUGGUUAUUCUUGGCUGGCAUUCUGUUUACGGCCAUCUGGCAACGCUUUGGCAAGGCUGAAGGAGUGCAGUGGGCAGCCGGCUAUGUAUUUGAGCUGUUUUUCAUGCUGGAAAACGUGUUUGUCUUCCAGUAUGUGAUUCACGUUACCGGUCUGCCCCGCCGACUUGUUGCACGAGUGUUGGACCGGGUGGUGUGGGCUCAGAUCAUCUUCGAAGCUGCCAAUUGGUCUACCCUGAUUGAAGCAACCAAGAAGACAGACAGCGAGGUGCAAAUGACCCCAGUGCUGAGCUGCGGCUUUGUUUCAGCAUAUUUCAGCGGCAUGUCACAUCAUAGAGGCUACUUGGUCGCUGUGGUCAGGAAUCCAUUCAUUGCUUUCAGUUCUUCAGCCAUGGCGGCCUUCUCCUUGCCGGAGCUGUUUCUCUUGAGCCAGGACUUGCUGUUCUAUUUCCCCUUGGAGCUAUUGGGGAAGCUCCUGGUGGACCACCAGGAAGGCUUCAAGGCCUUUCAGCAGGAUGCACUGCUGUCCCUGGCAUAUGGCGAGGACGCCUUUGGCUGUGUGCUGGGGCACUACAGUCUGCGAUUGGUGCUGCUGAUUUUUUCGGACCCCUGGGAACGAUGGCUGCGGCUGCAGGAAGAGCUAUUGCCAUGGGCUUCAGCCAAUGUGCUGGAGGUGCUUCAAAGUGGUUGGCCAAUCUUUGGGCUUCUGGGACUUGUGGCCUACAAGCUAAGCCGUGAUGGUGCUGGGAAAGAUGCUGUAUGUGAACAGCCAACAGAGUCCUUCCGCAUUCGGUAUGAGGAGGUCAUGCUGUAUGGGAAGGAGGUCCCCUUCAGUCGCGACGUGGAGAACACAGCCGUAGAACUGCUGCAGCACUUGCAGAACCGUUCACUGCGUUCACUGCGUUCACUGUUCCCCUUCGGCCGUUUGCAUCGAGCGUGCCUGUUGGGUGCUGGACUCCCCUUACUGGGAUACGGUGCCUCGAUCUCUUGUGCUUCCCGCAGAGAUCUUCGCACCAACCACUUCUUGCAGAACUUGAUUGCGGACUAUGAGGAGGUAUUCCUACGCCCAGCAGCAAGACCGUCUUCCUGUUUGACAAAUUCCAAGCGAUGGCAAUGUACAUCAGAGGGGGAAAACCGGGAAAGCCUGGCGAAUUUGCUCUCCAGUGGAAUGUGGGCGGCAGAGUCAUUGCACCUGUUGCAGAGGCUGUCUGAAGCUUGGGACGUCUCUGUCAACGAAGGCCCUUUGAGAGAUGGGAGGAAAAUUCUGGUCUCUGUGGAUCCCUUGGAAGACGAGUUUCAUGGAUAUGGGUUGCCCGCGUUCACCAGUCAUAUGUGGGCUGACUCUGAUCGCUUCGCAGUCCAUCCAGGAGACAGCUGUCCGGACGUAAUGGUAGCACGGGAUUCUCUUCCAGCUGUGCCAUUCUUCGGAGCUGUGGUUUACGUUGACCAUGAGGCAGGGAUUGGUCCAGGCCGUGAUGCAGGCAGGCUGGCAGAGGUCUUGGCCAAGUAUCGAGUGGUCUAUCUGGGCGUCUUGGAACCUUUGGCAGCCACCAAGUGCCUUUCACGAUUCGGCUCAGCCGUGGCACAGCAGUCCCGGGUCUGUGCGAAGGUUUUCGAUCAACAUGCUUCGAAAUCGCCUCCCAGCACUCUGAAACUGGUGUAUGUGCCUUACGCUUCCAGCUCCUUUGCAGCUCGACAUCACUCUCCACUGGACCUGCUGGUUUCCAGGCCCAUUGAAAAGAGCCACUUCUUGGCUUACAUGGCCUACGCCUGUGUGGAUCAUCGAGAACGGCUAUUUGACCUUCUGGUGCAGCGCGCAGCAUCUGCCAGGCUGGAGGCUCCAGUGGCACUUUCACGCUGCACGGGUUUCCGCUCACGACACAGGCGCCAGCUUCGCAACCACACACGAAACGUGGCACUGUCCUUCUUGGACGAGGCGGUCGAGCUCUUGAGGCCCUACAGGUUUGCAUUGGUCUUCGAGAACAAGCUAGUUCCAGGUUAUGUGACCGAGAAGAUCGUCAAUGCUUUCCUGGCUGGCUGCAUUCCCAUCUACUGGGGAUCUAGGUCUGUAUUGGAUAUCUUCAACCCGGACUCUUUCAUCUUUGCCAACGAGAUUCAGGCACCUGGCUCCUCGGAUUACAACGCUAUGGAUCCACUGGAGAAUCUGGACCGUGUUGCUGACUAUGUCAUAACCCUGGCUCAGGAUGAAGCUGCCCUAGAGCGCAUGGCAAGGGUGCCAGCUCUGGACAAAGGGCGUUUGCACAGCUUCUUCUCCUGGCACAGCAGUGUGCGCAGCGACGCUGGCGUAGCGCUGCCUGAAAGGCUGACGGCUGCGCUGCCUCGACUCCAGCGACAGGUGCUUUGUGCCUCAGGCUGGCGCAUGUGCACAGAAGAGGUGGACUUGGAGUGA